CGUUCUAAAACUAGCACGCUCGGUAAACACGAGUCUUCACGCCCCCACGAGUCAUUCUUGGCAUGAGCAAUUCAAACACGAGUGGCAGAAUGACGUAAGGGUCGCCUGCGGAUGUUGCCCUCACUUAUACACGUUCACAUGACCAGUUCUGGUACAUUCAUAGCUUUGUUGCAGUGUUUCCGGUAACUUUGCCAUGUAAUACCCAGUGAUUCAACUACGAGUACUCCGGUGGGUUGUCUUGGAUUGACUGACAAGCCAAAAUACAUCAGACAGCCAUAGUACUGCAGCAAGACUCGUCUUGGCAGACAAUUUAAGUUGUCUAACAGUCAGACGGGGCGUAAGUUCACUCAACCCGGAGUGCUAAUAGUAUCCUGCAGGACAAGUUUUGAGCAGGUCGGUGGGCCGUAUGUAGCAGCGGACGAUCAGAACACCUGGCCUAAAAUAUAGGUGAGCUGCCCUGCUUGUCUGCAUUCUACCGCCGUGUUACACAAGGAGGAGAGACUGUUGGAACUGUUUCCUCGCCAAGAACUCGGUUUGCCUACCAGCUGGUGCAACAACACAACAACUGCGAGGCAGCUAAAAUCAGUCUACGGUAGCAGACUCAGAGAGGGCCCUACUGGGUGUUUUCAUUCCAGUCUACACUUUUUCUCCGGACUCUGCGGUUGGUUAUACACCUCCAGCUAAAAUGUUUGAAUUGUGUCUGCCGUUUCGGACAGCCUGCUUCACAACGCUGAAGAGGGGCUGCUAUAUCUGUGGUGCUUAUAUGGUGAUAAUCAGUGCUUGUUGUAUCGGCGCGGAGGUCUGGGACCUGGAAAUGAAGAAGGGGGACCACAAAUCCGAUCCAAGACGCGAAAAAGCUGUGGAGUACGCCAGAGGUCUGAUCUACCUUAACUUUGCCAUGUACAUCACCAUAUUACUGUGGUCUGUGGGCUUCAUCUACGCAGUCAACAAGGACAGAAUUGUAGUGAUGAAGUCCUGGGCAGCGGCAGUCAUCACCUUCACGUGUUUAGAGAUCGCAGUUCAGAUGUACCAGCGAGCUGUACUAUGGGAAGCGGGCUUGUUCGUACAUCCGUUCUUUCCAGCAUUCAUGGUCUGCCGUAUUAUCCCAAAUAUCUACUGCGUUCUUGUGGCUCUAUCACACACCACUUCGCUAGAAAUAUUUCUCUACCAUAAAUUUGAUGACGAAGAGGAGUCGGGAAGUGCGUCCGCGCCGCAGGAGGGGUCACGUGUCAGCCUGCUGCGGGCAGUCCUCAAUAACACCUUGUACGACAACAUGUGAACCCGACAGGUGUGCACGGACAGACUGCAACAACCCCAUCUGAAGCUCCAAGGGAACCACUUGUGGAAGGCUCUGGAACUACAAAUGAGUAAAAACGUAAAACGUAAAAAUGAAUAAUUUUCUCCCAGACCUAUAGUUUUUUUAGCUGUUGUGUGUCUAAACUUGGGGUAGCAGACUCAUUCUCUUACAAAUUGUGACAAAAAAAAAUCAAACCUAUUUUUUGGAUUGGUGGACGGAAAUAGAGAUGGAUACUAUAGUAGUAGGCAAGAUAACUAUAUGACCAACACCAGCAGGUAGUUUGAAAUGAAUUAUAGUUAUCCCAGCAUGGGUUUUAGCCAGCCUUACCACCAUCACUCAACAAUCUUCCAGCGUAAAUCGAAUCUUA